AUGCUGGACUGGUUUAGUCAGCAGCUCGCUUGGCCCACUCAGUCCUUUUCUGGCUGGCUUGCCACCAGGUUCUUCAAAUUCCACAACCACCUGCUGGAGGAGAAUGCAGUGAAGCUCUGUGACCUGCAGCCUGAUGAGACGGUGCUGGAAAUUGGACAUGGAGCGGGGCUUGGUCUGCAGCACGUGAUCCACAAACUGACCGGGCCGCAGGGGAGGCUGCUGGGGGUGGAUUACUCUGAGUAUAUGCACCGUAUGGCCUCAGAGCUGAUGAAGGAGCAGAUCUCUACUGGUAAAGUGAAGCUGUUCUUCAGUGAUGUUGCAAAGAUGCCCAUAGAAGAUAACAUUGUGGAUAAAGUGUUCCACUGCAACUGCUACUACUUCUGGCCUGAUCUGAAGAGAGGAGCCGCAGAGAUACACCGUGUCAUGAAACCAGGUGGGCUGAUGGUGACAACUCUCCGACUGGACAGAGUAAUUUUAUUUGCCUCUAAGAAGAUCGUGACCUCAGAGAACUGGCGUCCGGAGGACUAUAUGGAUGCUCUGGAGAGUGCUGGGUUCAUAAACGUCAGGAUGGAGAACAGAAAACACAAACGGAUUCCGUAUGAAGCGAUUUACGCCACUGUUGCCAAAUAAAACCCUCAGAGCUUCAGCUACAGAGUCUGCUCACAAUCAUGUUGACAUCACAUUCAACACAGCCCAUUCCUCUGAGAGGACACACCCAUAUACAUAAGCCCCCGCCCACUUUGCGCUGACAAAACACUCCAGCACAUACAAGCCCUUCCACUUUACUCUGAUAGGACGGCCCAUAUAUAAGCCCCGCCCACCCGGAAAUAACGCACGUCCACAUGAACAAGCCCCACCCACUUUUUUCCAGGACGCAACCAGAAGCAUAAACCCAGGUGUUCUAUCGAUUUGUCCUACUUUGUCAUCCUACCCUAGCGUAUAUUUAUAGAUCGUGUCUAUCGAUAUGUGCUACUGUGUCGAAAAAUUAUACAGCGACUAUUUUGUGAUAUUAGGGGUAGCA